UCGCAGGCGCCAUUUUGGCUGCUAGUCAGAAGAAGAGGGCGAUUCUCGCAGAUCGUUGCAGCAAUUAAUAAAAUAAAGCCGUUGGAAGCCGGGCCCUGUCGGCUCAGUCCGGAGGAGGAUUACUAUAGACAGACUGCACAGGGUGCAUGUAGUGUCGUGACAUAGCUGUCAGAGAUGUGGGAUCAAGGUGGACAACCUUGGCAGCAGUGGCCAUUGAAUCAGCAACAAUGGAUGGAGUCAUUUCAGCAUCAGCAAGACCCAAGCCAAAUUGAUUGGGCUGCGUUGGCACAAGCAUGGAUUGCCCAGCGGGAAGCUACCGGGCAAAGUGUAGUGGAGCCACAAAGUAUGAUACCAAAUGGACAAGAUGUUUCUCCAAUGGAUCCAGGCCCCAACAAUCAUGCAAACUUCCCAGUGGAGCCAAAUUUCAAUCGAAUGUGGCAACCAGAGUGGGGAGGAAUGCAUCACCAACCACCACCACCACCUCCACCGCAUCAUCAUCAUCAUCAUCAUCCUCCUCCUCCAGAACAGCCGUGGAUACCUCCAGCUCCAGGGCCAAUGGACAUUGUUCCAGGAUCAGAGGACAACAAUAGUCAGGACAGUGGAGAAUUUGCAGCUGACAACAGGCACAUGUUUAACCAGAACAAUCAUGGCUUUGGGGGUCCACCGGAAAACUUUCCAAUGCCUCCAACAAGCCAGUAUGACUAUCAGCAUGGAUCUGGGUACGGGCCUCCUCAAGGAGGAUUUCCACCACCUUACUGGCAACAAGGCCCACCUGGACCUCCGUGCCCACCAGCUCCUCCUCCAAAUCGAAGAGAGAGACCAUCUUUCAGAGAACGACAGCGUUCACCCAUACCAAUACCUCCCAAACAAGAACCUUUGCAAAUUGAUGCAGUUAAGAGGAGAACACUGCCUGCGUGGAUUCGGGAGGGCUUGGAGAAGAUGGAGAGAGAAAAACAAAAGAAGUUGGAACGCGAGCGGUUAGAGCAGCAGCGCUCACAGAUGAAAAAAGAGAAAAGUGGCCGGAAUAGUGAAGAUGGAGACGGUCCACGUUUACCACAAAAAAGCAAAUUUGACAGCGAUGAAGAAGUGGAAGAGGAAAAUGAAGAUGGUAGAAUAAGUGCCAAAGUGAGCCGCAGCCCUUCACCAACUCCACAAGAGGAGAACAGCGAAUCUGAGAUAACCGAGGAAGAGCGGGCUUAUCAAUUGAUGAUACUGACAAAAAUGGUGCUAACAGAAAUUCUUCUGGAUGUUACAAAUGAUGAAAUCUAUAAUGUGGCAAAAGAGGCUCAUCGUAAAGCAAUAAAAGCUCCUGCAAAGCAGCUGGCGCAGUCCAGUGCACUGGCUUCCCUCACUGGACUCGGUGGACUGGGUGGUUAUGGAUCAGCAGAAAGCGAAGAAGAGAGGAGUGAAAGAGGUUCAGAGUCUUCUGAUACUGAUGAUGAGGAACUACGGCACAGAAUACGACAAAAGCAAGAAGCUUUCCGGCGAAAGGAAAGAGAGCAACAGAUACUUGAAAGACAGCUAGAAGAGGACAGGCUUCAAAGAGAAGCAAAAGAAAAGGAAUUAUUUGAAUCUGAUCCAGAAGUUCUGAGUACGGUAGACAUAAAUGAAAAGAGAAAAGUUGAGGGAGAGGUGGAUAGUGACAAAGUAAAAGUGUAUAGUGAACCUUUGCCUCCAGUAGAUAUUAAAAAAGAAACAAAAGAGAAGCCAAUAGUAAACAAACUGAGGAGCUCCAGUAGCAGUUCUACCAGCAGCAGUAGCAGUGUAGGGCGCAGCAGUAGCAGCAGCUCUGUUUCUAGUUCUUAUAGCUCCAGCUCCUCAAGUAGCCACAGUUCUUUUCACUCUUCUCCCAAGAGGAAGAAAAAACGUAGCCGAUCUCCAUCUUGGAAAGUUAGACGAAGUAGAAGCCGUAGUGUGACACGUAAGAAUAGAAGAGAGAGAAGCAAGAGCAGGGGGAAAAUUAAUGAAAGGCGCAGAUCGAGCAAAAAUAGUGUAGAAAGCGAAAGGCGUAGAGACCGCAGUCGAAGCAGGGACAGGAGAGAAAACCGCUCAAGAGAUCGAAACGCUGGUCGCAGUAGAAGUAGGGAUAGGCGUAGAAGUAAUGACCAGCGUAGAAGUAAUAGCAGGACUAGACACAAGCAUAGAGGUGGCAGCAGAGAGAGGGAAAGAGCAAGGAGUAAAAGUGUUGAAAUGGAUAGGCGAAGAGAGCAGGAAAAGGAUAGGAAAAAGGAUAAAGUAAAGAAAGAGGAGAGGACUAGUAAACCUAUACAAGAAGAGGAAAAGCGUAAGAGUAGGAGAGAGAGUGAAAGGACUUUUUCACGCAGCGAAUUGUCCUCUUCAAAGAUGUCUCGACAGGAUUCUAGGCAGGAUAGCAAAAAAAGCUCUACCAAGGAAAAUAAGAAACGGACUUCAUCCAGUGGAAGGAGCAGUUCAGAAUCUCCAGUUGUAUUCAAGGAUAAAAAAGCUAAGAAAUCAAAACGUAGCCGAUCACGCUCUGUGGAGAAAUCUCAAAGGUCUGGUAAGAAGGCAAGCCGCAAACACAAGUCUAAGACCCGAUCAAGAUCAUCAACACCCACCCGCCGUAAGCGCUGAUGGUCACAUGGCCCAGGCCAUUAUCACAAUUAAACAUACAAAAUUCCAUGAGUUUUUAAGGGCUUGUCUCAUUCUAGAGGCACAUUACUGCAACAUAGGUGUGGAAAAAAUGUCUUGUUCUUUACUUUUCUCCUUUUUAUUUUAUUUUUAUUUUUUUAAGUACAUAUUCCCCAUUCCUCCAACUGAAAGUAAAUUAAUACAUUGUAUUGUCUUUCCAAGAUAUUAGUAAUAAGUAACUUCAUUUUUUACCUCCAAUGUUCUUAAAAUAACAAUCAUCUGUGCUCUGACUACAAUAAAGCACCAUGCUUAUUUUUGUUAAAGA